AUGAAAGACAGGGAGUGUGGAUGGUUCGGACAGCGCUUACACACACGAUCGACUUGCGCUCAAACAGCAAGGCUUCUCUGUAUACACAGCACAGCGAGCGAUAUCCACAUCAUCGGCAGUCCGCGAUAUGGUGGCGGAGUCGACAACUCUGGAGCUUUGUCUCAAAAUAUGAGUCUGAGCACAACGCUCAUUCUCCUCAAGAUUGUCAGCUUCCUAGCGGCAUUGGCUCUCCUUCGUCGUUCUGGCAGAUGCCAGUCGAGAAACGAGCAGGCCAGCCGCCGAGAGUCGCAGCCUCAAAAUUCAACAUCGACGCUCACCCGCACGAGGUGCUUGAGCGACCAGGCCAGCUCAGGCUCGCCGGUGGCUACUUCCUCGGUUCGACCCAAGCUUCUUCAGCAUGACCCCCGAUCGAGGCUCAUCAAGCCAGUCCUGACCAGAAUCAGCAGAGCAAAUGUCCAUUCGAGACCCCGACUUUCGACACAAUCAUGCAGCAACUGGCGUACAUCAGAAGGCGUCGUUUUCGAUUCAAAGGGUCCAAGGUACGUGACGAUUAGAUUUGACUUCACCAUCAACACGGCAGGCUCUCCUUCCAUCUGUCCUCUUCAUAUCGGCUCCAUCGUCGGAGGCGUCACUCUGAUCAUGAUCGUCAAUCAGUAUAUGAAUACAGCAAAACGUGGCAUCUUAUCUCCGACAUCGACCUGUCACAUAUCUGACGCCCGAAGAUGGUCAUGGGAGAGCCGAAGGUGCCGGUGCUUUCCAUGUGAAGCUGUACGCAAUGGAGAUCCAGACUCUACUGCUGUGAACAGGGAAGUUGCGGCUACUUCAGUAAGCAAGUCGAGAUUCGUACGCCUCGUGGUAAUGGCAAAGUCGCCAGGCUGGGAAUUACCAAUCCCAGCUGAAAUGGUAGACAGAAACGCACACGGCGAAGCUGCGCUAAAAAACGCUGAUACACGGACUCAGUCAGCCAUUGUUACGUUGACAAAUCAUCUCUCGAGUGGCGUUUCUCGAGUUCUUCGGCAAGAAUGGGACGUCCGUGUACAUGCAAAUACUGCUCCCUGGCCCAAAGAGUCGGUCAUGGCAAGAGCCAGUGUUUCGUCGUUCGGCUAUGGAGGUACAAAUGGCCAUGUGGUGAUCGAAGCUGUGGUACCGAUGUUCCCUGGGCACCAUCACGCGAGGACGAAGGUUGCAUGUAGCCUCGGCGAAAAUGCUUCACCCGAAAAGUCCGACCUGUUGUGCUUCUCCACCAACGACAAGACAUCGCUUCAAGAGCAUGCGACUUGCGACGAUCUUGCCUUGAGACAGAGCAUUCUCGAUCAUGCAAAGCCACGCAAAAGCCAUGCCGCUACCGCAACCCUAGAAUGUUGGGAGCAAAUCUACCAGACUAGAGUAGGCGAUCCAGAUCGAUCCAUUAUUGCGCUCAGCACUGAAGCUUCUUCAGGCACAGUGAGAGUUCCCACUGUUUCUCCAUACGCACAGAUGCCUCGAGUCAUAGAUCGCAAGCCAUUCAGGCUCGUGAGCGCUCUGGAAGAAGAAGCCUUCUCACUGAGCAGUGGCCGCCGACAUAGCGCAGCCACACAUCCAAAUCGCGCUGGCAGAUCUCCUCGCGUCUUGGAAUAUCCGAGAUCGGGCGAGUCUGAGAAGAAUGUCUUGGGGCCUCUCUGUACCGGAGCGGUCUACGCGACAUGGCUUGUCAGCGCGCCCGAAAGUCCAGGCCAGGCCCGACGCAGAGCAAAUGGAGGAUUUGGUCUCUUCAGAGCAGGGAGACAAUUGACCGAAAAGCGUCACUCUCGGCAGCUCCACUACAGAGAUCUCGGCGUUGGAGAAGGCGUUGAGCAGCAAACGCAUCUUCUGCAGAACUCUCAGGACCCGAAGAGCAUGCCAUCCGACACAUGUGCAGACCGUGGUAGUUUCUGGGUGCGGAGGAUAGAGCAUACCUUGUUGCGGAACGAGGUCGAGGCAUGGCGGUCCGAUGGCUGCACCAUGAUCUCGUUGGUUGACGGAGACUGCGUCGAGUGGGACUGUGCCAUCCAGGUAUUGGAGUCGCUGGCAUCAAUUGUGCCAUUGAGGCUGUACCACACUCGGCUCUUUCUGCGCCAUUUCGACAUCACAAGUCAACCUGCGCCGUGUCUCUGGCUCCUCUCCGAAGCGCCUGCGCGGAUGGGUAUCAUACAGUAUGUGAUUGUAGACUUGCCGCCGGAGCGAUGGAACUGUGGGAAAUCGUGGGUGAGCAACAUCAUGGCUGGUGAAGAAGCCUGUACGGCCUGGCGUGUCGGUGGUGUGGGUGCUGGGCAGAGCCUCGAGUCGGUGGGAAACAGUACACAUAUGACCGGACUGACGAGGAAGCACCCAGUCAGCUUGAUACGCUCCUUGCGCCUUACAUCGAUGAAAACUCGUAAGAUACAUCCAUACUCCGCUCGGAGAUGCGAACUCGUCCUGCGCCAGCGCAUCCACAGCACCUUUCUCUCGCUGUUGAAGUCCCAAAAAGACAGGCUCUCGAAGUCAUCACGGAAACCGAAGGCCUGCGCGUUAGAAUAUCUCAAAUCCGAAUACGGCCAUGUCUUCCUCUUGAAAAGCUCCAGUCUGUACCCACCGAUCACCGCUUUCCUUUCGGCGCUGCUAAGCAUAUCAGGAGAGUCUCGCGAUCGUAUUCAUUCUACCACGCCUGAUGCCUGCUUCCGACUCAUCAUCAUCUCUAUGCACAUGGGCAAACAUCACGAAAUGCCCUGUGGUACCGUGCUGAGUCAAGGGCCAAUUUUAAGACUAGUGGCCGCGAUUUUGCGGCCUCGUCUUCACGCCGCCGACGGAGGCUCACUUCGAGGUGUACGGAGAGUCUCUGCUGUUGCCAAUAUGUUUGCUGCUACUAUCUCCUGGAAGCCACUCAUUUCCGGCUUAGAGCUUGGUACUAUCCAAAAUCCGUCAACGCUUUCCGCAGGAUGGCUUCUCGGGACCCCAGAACAAUACCAGUGGCAAAAGGCUGGGUUUGCUAUGGCUCUGCCUUUGCUGGCCCCAAACCGGAGUGAAAGCCCGCCGCAUGCAUUGUGUGACUUCACAAUUCUCAGUGCUUCCCUCAACAAAUGCCAGUCUGGUGUCCCGAUGCGCACCGAAGCCCUCAGUGUGUUUACUCCUGGGCCUGGAACAGACCAGUAUGUCAUGAUCGAUGGCGGAGAUGCCAAACUCCUCUCCGAAGAUGAUUCUACUCUCCGCCGAAAGCACGGUCUGAUCGCUGCCGGAGUGAUGCAAGGCAGAGUAUUAGCUUCACAACGGGUCCACACCCCUCCCGUCUACCCAGACCACGACCUUAAUGCUGAUAACUGCCCCGAGGAUGGGCAUUGCUUUUCACCACAUGUAGAAAUCACCGGCAUCUCUGCUUUGUCGAAAAUCAUAGACUCGGAGCUUGCCGUCGUGGGUGAACCUCAGGAGGCCAGUUUGCAUCUCAUUGACUCCAUUGGUUUGCGACCCGGACAAGUCUUGAUGGAGACAGGCCUGUCUAUCCCAUGGCAAUUCUACAUCACCUACCCACGCAUGGACCAGCAGUGGUCAGGCCACGGCAUUUCUAUCAUCAGCGAUGAGUCGUCGUUUUUGGCCAGAGAUGAAUUCCUCCGGCCUCUCAUUUUGUUGUCUCACGAAAAAUUCCUGACCUCAACUUGGACCUAUUGCCAUUUUACCAGGAGCUACAUUCUGCUCGGGAGUUGUUACGCUACUCAAGUCGUUAGGCCUGUUGAAUCGGCGAUGUUUCAUCACAAUACCCGGAGAUUCAGUGACAGCUUUGUCCCGCCUCUUGGUUGUCUUGAGGACUGUCUUCGCUGGAUCAAGAGCUGCUACUUGAUGGCGCUGUUCCGCAGCCGAAGGGAGGGCUCGGGACCCGGCGGUAAAUGUUUCAAAUUCAUAUCGACCAGGAGAGAGAAUGACCUGAUUUCCUGCUUCAACUGCUCCGGAUUCUGCUGCUCCUCAGCGCGAUCUCUCCGACGCUUCACGAGCUGUCACUUGAGCGUCGUCGCAGUACGGAUCCAAGUCGAUACCACCUCCAGUAGAGCCUCUCGCCGCCCAUGCUCGUGCAAAUAUUGUGUCAAGGUCAACAUCGCUGCGGAGACGGAGACGGAGACGCAGACGCCGCCGCGCUUCCUGCACUUCCCGCACUUCGCUUCCCCACAAAGUCCCUCCUUCCGAGGUUGCUCCGCGCGACGCGACUCGAACCAUCUCAAGAAGUUCCAACACAGUCUUGAGUCUGACAUUCGUGCGUGGCGGGAUCAGACUUCUGACCUUCGCGGCUUGUAUCAAGACUACACUGACUCUCCUAUCCACCACCCCAAGCGCGGGCGAAAACGAGUACUCUCCGAGAUGAGCGGCAAUUCAAGGCGCCUGGACGACCAGACUCACAGCGAAGAUGCGACGCCGAGAGCGGUCCCUCACCCACUCAGCAGCGUGCCCUUUUUACCAGCGGCCGCCCAGCCUGCGAGCACAUCGUCAUCUCCGCGAUCAUCGCGCUCACACUCGAGCAUCGUAAGCGGCAGCACGGCAAGCGGAAGCAAACGGAAGCGUGGAGGAAGUCCCUCCAAGGCGAUGGAAGAGAGGCAAUACGCGUCGUAUCCUGUGACACGCUCCCCAGUGCAACCUCUGGGCCAAGUGAACGCCGGAAUUCGCGACGUAAUUCAGGCUGUUCGGCGCAUUGGAACCAAAAGGGGAGUGCUCUCCAGUCGAUAUGCAUUGCCGGAAUGGAAAACGAGGGUUGGUGAGGGAGAUGAUGCCGUCGACGAUGACAUCUUUUUGGGCGGUGAAUGGAGAGACCGGCUUGGUACGUCUCCGGGAUUGGAAGCGAUGGAGACGCUAGUUCAUCAAGCAAACCGCAACAGCAGACUUGGCGCAUCGGAAGCGGCAUGGAAUGUUAGCGUACACGGCAUACUUUUGAAGAAAGCGCAAAAACGAUCGGCUUGGAGAGAGAGGCUGAGAUGGGAAACAAUGUAG